AUGCUGUCUUCAAAGGCGAUCAUGAGGAUGCGGAACAUGCCGCAAUUGCAGGCUCUGGCGGGUGUGAGGAUAGCUUCACGACAGUUUUCCUCCGUGAGAAUACCCCAUCGGCCUCAAUUCGCUCCCACCACCCGGAACACCAGCCUCGCCGCCCUCCGCUUCAGCUCCACGCUCCCCACACCCACGACCACAUUCCCCUCGCCCACCAACACCCUGCCCACGCCCACCGCCGUCGCCGGCGCGGAACAGGCCGGCACAAUCCCCGCGCACACCUCCACGCUGCCCGACUACAUCCCGACCGCCGAGUCGCUGACGCCCAACCUCACCGCCCCGGAGCACAUCGGCUACCUGCAGUCGCUGGGCCUCGACUACGGCUGGGGCCCCACAACGUGCAUCCAAUACCUGCUCGAGCACAUCCACGUGUGGAGCGACACGCCGUGGUGGGCCUCCAUCAUGCUCACCGUGGCCUUCAUCCGUGUCGCGCAGUUCCCAUUCUACCUGCGCAUGUCCGAUACCACCGCGCGCAUGAAGGAGCUCAACCCGCAGGUCGUCGCCCUGACGAAGAAGAUGCGCGAGGCCCAGGCCCGCGGCGACACGGUGGCCAUGGUCAUGGGGCGCCAGAAGGUCAGCGCCCUGUACAAGGCCGCGGGCGUCAACAGGCUCUGGAUCGGGUUCCCGAUCACGCAGCUGCCGCUCUUUUACGGCUUCUAUAAGAACCUGUAUGGCAUGGCGGAGCUCAAGGUGCCGGGCUUGGUCGAGGGCGGCAAGUGGUGGUUCCAUGACCUGACGGUCUGCGACCCGUACUACAUCCUCCCGCUUGUGUCGUCCUUGUCCAUGGGGCUGCAGAUAUACUUGGGCGGUGAUGCCGGCGCGUCGAUGCAGACGAGGCGAAUGAAGCAGGGGAUGGUCCUCAUCCUGCCGCUGUUCUCGUUCCUGUUUGUGAAUAGCUGGCCGGCGGCGCUGACGCUGUACUUCUUCACCAACUCGGUCCUUGGGCUGGCGCAGGCGUUGGCGCUGCGGAAUGUGUGGUUGAGGGAGAAGUUGGGGCUGUAUCCGUUGAAUCCGACUACGCCGAAUCCGCUUGCGCAGGGCCCGAAGGAGGGGCUGAAUGCGCUGAAUAUUGCGACGAAGCCGGGGAAGGUGAUUGAUGUUGUUGGCACGGUGCCGGCGCAGAAGGAGAAGAAGCAGAUUGGAGGCAAGGGAGGGUUUUUAGACAAGAUCACGGGAGGAAGCGUGAGGAAGGAUGGCAAGAAGAAGACCAUCACGGACUACAUCCUUGGUGAAAAGGUCAAGGGUGAGGAGGGAGGCAUCGGCCAGAUGCUGAAUGAUAACAGCGAAAUGAGCAUACAUAAAAAGUAUGAGGAAAAGAGGGAGCGGCAGAUAAAGAAGGAGCUGGCCGCUCAAGAGGAGAAGAGAAGGAAGAUCCUGAAGCUGUAA